CAGACGACUCAGCAGCAGCAGUACCAAACGAAAGGAUCUGUCAAAUAAAACAACACAGUUUGGGACGGAAACGAAAAGGUCGCUCGAUUCAUCAUUUAUAUAUAAAUAAGUGAAACGCAUUAAAGAUUCCACCACCGAAAACUAGCACCUGCCAGCAACCAAAUUCUGAGGAAGUUUUGUCUUGACGAGAAAAACAAAGUGUCGCAGCAGAAGCUGGAAAUGGGCGAAAUGGUGAAACUUUGAGGAUCAAUUUGCGAAAAAAGAAAGAUAUUUCUGAGCGAUGGGGAAAAAAUGGCAAAGUGAAUGACAAAGUAGGUUGGUAGAGGGGGCGUUCAGCUGAAGAAGAUUCGAGGUGCCAUAGAGGUGAAUUUGCAAACGGCAUAAAGUGAAUGUGAAAAUGAGUAGUCGACGAUAGCAAAGAAGAAAUCAUCACAUAUUUUCGUUCGUCGCGUUAUCUUGUUUACGUUCACGAGUGGGUGCCCCGAAUAGACGGUGAUUUGAGUGGAACACGAUACGCGCGCGAGUGAUGAACCAGCCAAUUUUCACCAGCUAUCUGCAAGGAACAGGACCAGAAGCGGCCCAGCAAAUGCGUCAGUUCCAGCACCAAUGCCGUAUCUGCUGCAGCACGACGGGUUUGCGACGGUGCAGUCGCUGCCAGGUGGCCUACUACUGCUCGCAAGAGCAUCAACGGCUGGACUGGAAGCUUCACAAACUCGAAUGUCGCUCGAUUCAACAGGCUCCACAAACGCAGGCAGCCACAAGUCAACAGUAUGGCAUAUCCAUCAGCCAGGGUAUUUAUCAUACUAAUCCAACUGCGAGUGAUUCGGCGACAAUGGUAUUCCAACAGCCGACGUCACUCGAGAUUGGCACUGGUGUUGCUGCUGCUACUAUUGCUACGAAUGGCGUACGUGAAGAAAUUUUGUCAACAAACGGAGCGCUACACACCAAUACUAGCGCGAUGGCAAUAGGAGACAGCAUUGACACGGCGCAGAAAGUACAACUACAACUGCAGCAACCAACACCACAACAACAUUUGUCGUCGUCGUUGCCGCAUGCUUCUGGUGCCAGCACCGUCGUAGACGUCGAGGACGAGUUGCUGCUGAGCGAGAACGCAGUCUCAAAAUUGUUUGCAAGCGAUUCACUCGCAGCCGUCGAAGAGCUGCUGGACUUAGACCAAAUUGAUGUGGAUCAUAUCCUGAACGAGAACAACUUUCUCAAUAAUAUAAACAAUCUGAACUUUUUGGACGAAUCCCUUGCGGAAAGUGUCGACAACAACAAUCUGAGUUACAGUGGCAGUGGUGAUUCCAUUGGUAAUAAUAACGGUGGAUUAAGAAUUGGACCCGGUGAGGUUGAUCAGAAUUCUCAAGUGCUGGUGUUAAGUGACGAAGAAGAAAUGCAGCUGAAACAGGCGCCAAUCGCGGUGGUCACACCGCUGCAGCAACAAAAUCACCUUAUCGCGGACGGUGGCCCGGACAGUGGAAGCAACUCGCCGAUUAUGAUCGGCAGCAGUGGCAGUAGUAAUGCCAGCACGGAUGAGAACGUCAGUGCGCUGCUGAAUGCCAAGAUCGACAAUCUGCUCCAGUCGGCGGCCGUUAGUGGUGGCCAGCACUCAGAACACUCGCUGCUGGUUGAUCUCGAGCAGGAGAGUCUGGAGGAGGCUUGCCACAAUCUGAUACGGGAUAUGAACGAGUACGGAGUGUGCGUGUUGGACAAUUUUCUCGGACAGGAAAGAGGCUUGAAGGUGCUCCAGGAAGUGACCGGCAUGUAUUCGUCGGGAGUGUUUAGGGACGGUCAAUUGGUUUCCAACAAAGGUGGAAAGAACUUACGGCACAUUCGAGGGGACAAAAUCACCUGGAUCGGUGGGAAGGAGCCCGGAUGUAGCAAUAUAGGUUAUCUGAUAAAUCGGGUGGACGCAGUUAUCUCGACCUGCAGACGAAUGAAGAGCAAUGGAAAGCUCGGUCGGUACAACAUCAGGGAACGGACAAAGGCAAUGGUUGCAUGCUAUCCCGGAUCCGGUUCGCAUUAUGUCAAACACGUGGACAACCCCAACCGAGACGGGCGAUGCAUCACAGCGAUAUAUUACCUAAAUCUCAACUGGGAUGUGCAACAGAGUGGCGGGCUCUUGCGAAUCUUCCCCGAGGGUUGCAAUGACCGGGUUGCCGACAUUGAGCCAAUUUUCGAUCGGAUACUAUUCUUCUGGUCUGAUCGUCGGAAUCCACACGAAGUUCAACCGGCUCAUAGAACUCGCUACGCCAUCACUCUCUGGUAUUUGGACGCAGAGGAGCGCGAAUCGGCACGAACGCGAUUCCAGCGGGACUACGAGAAUCGAUUCCACGCAUGAAAAUUUUUCAUACCUCCGUCAAGUAUCGGUCUCAGCCGGAGAUAAUUUUUUACCCUUACGCGUGGACAGUUCUUGCGGGGCAAGAAUGGCAAAAAAAAUCGCAGUGAAUAAAGAGCACAACAUGCUUGCUCUCUUUGCGUACUGCGAGUGUGUGCGUGGCAUGUGAACGAACCUCGUGGGAAUGAUCGACAGAGGUGGUGGCGCGACUUCGAAAAGGUCAUUAAGUUUGUGUAUUUCCUUUUGGGAGACCCACUGCAAAUAUUAGCGCGCCAUUUUGAGUAAGAGUGCAGAUAAGCGCAAAAUUAUUGAUGAACCCGAUUUGGGCUCUGGCGGGGCGGCAUUUAUGAGAAAAACAAACAAAGAGACAUAAUCAAAUAGGCAUCUAUCUUGUCUAGUUUCAUUUUUUGGCCGGCUCACCACAGUCAGAAAUCUCAACCCAAAUAAAACGCUGAAAAUAACCAAAAUGUGAUAUUGUAUUAAACAUAUUAAGAUUUAAUAUGAUGCAAAAAUGUUGUUGAAUAUAUUUGCCUCUAUUUUGCUUUUAAUUCACCAUUUAAUGAUAGCUGUAAAUAAUCACUAGUUUAUUAGUCAGUAGAACCACUCAAGAGUCGGCCACACACAGAUGAGGAGAGUAACUUAAAAAGUUAGUCAAAUAUUAAAUGCCCAAAGCUGCUGUUACAAACAGUUGUGCGCGAUUUUACCACAGAGGAAACUUGUAUCACAUUGUAAAGAAGAUAGUCAGAGAAACAGGUUAACUUGAUAGCAGUAGGAUAACAUUUGUUUUUUGCCUUGUACAGAAUAGGUAAGAUUGAAGAAGUUUGAAAGUAAAACCAGGAGUGGAUAUUUUGGAAGCACCAAUACAUAGUUAGAUAGCAAAGUUAUACUACUUUUUUCGACCCACUGGGUGGUUAAUUCUAGACUAGUGCAUGGAAGAUCACCAAGCAGUUGGAAUGGUAGGAAUGGCGAAAAAAAUAUCGCUAACAAUUCAUACAGUUGUCAGCGAAUCACGCUGAAGACGUUUAAAAAUGUUGACAAGAUUAUGAAUAGAAGAACAGUUUUGAAGAAAA